AGAGAUACAUUUGAGAUAGCAUCCUACCGUACUUUCCUUAUCGAAAAUAAAACUGAAACAUCAUCAUAUCGUGCUUUAUUUGAAUUUUCUUUUUCAGGUGCCGCCCAUGGAUUAAUUGGCAUACUUUUCUCUAUUCUCGUUCACCCGAGCUUUUUGGAUAUUUGUCCCGUGGCUGAGAAAAUUAUAGAUCAUACGCUCCGCAUGCUAGCUAGCGAUGCAAUAACCCCUUCUGAUUCAGGGAACUUGCCUGAGUCCAUGGACGAAUUACCACCGGCUAAACAUCGUGACAUGGAAAAAAAAUGCGCUACUGCAGUGGUGUCACGGAGCUGCUGUAUUAAGAUCCCCUCAUCUGCAUUUUAUUAUCAUAUUGUCUCUGCAGGUAUUUGUCAUGGUGUGGCUGGCAAUGGUUACGUCUUCCUACUGCUCCAUCGUCUCACGAAUGGCACAGAGCCCAUCUGGCUGUACAGAGCCGCUUGUUUUGCUGAUUUUCUUACUCAACCAGUAUUCCUUAACUCAGUCCUAUAUUAUCAUCAAAAUGGUAUCUCAUUGUUUGAGGGCCUAUCUGGCACCGCCUGUUUUUUAAGUGAUUUGGCGAAUCCCGACAAAGCAGCAUUCCCACUCAUGGAUCCUUUCUGGGCUGUUGAACCAUGGGAGAAGUAA